GCUGUUCCCAACGAGGCGUCGGCGCCGCCCGCCCCCGCCGCCUGCCCGCCGGGUAGGCAGCAUUGUAGGAUCAGUGAUCAAGAAGCUAAUGGGAAAAACUCAACUGCCAGUUCGAAUGACUUCAGUGAUCCAAUUUACAAAGAAAUUGCUAUAACCAAUGGUUGUAUCAACAGAAUGACCAGAGAUGAGCUCAGAAAUAAACUUGCAGAGUUCAAGCUUGAAACCAGAGGAGUGAAAGAUGUGCUGAAAAAGAGACUGAAAAACUAUUAUAAGAAACAGAAGUUGAUGCAGAAGGAACCCAUUAAUGGAGACAGCUACUAUGACUACAUCUGUGUUGUUGACUUUGAAGCAACAUGUGAAGAAGGAAACCCACCUGAAUUCGUACAUGAAAUAAUUGAGUUUCCUAUUGUCUUACUAAACACGCGUACCCUGGAAGUAGAGGAUACCUUUCAGCAAUAUGUUAAGCCGGAAAUUAAUCCCAAGCUUUCAAACUUCUGCAUCAGUCUGACAGGAAUCACCCAGGACAUUGUUGAUAAAGCUGAUACAUUUCCUCAAGUUCUGCAGAAUGUCAUAGAGUGGAUGAGACAGCGAGAACUGGGAACAAAGUACAGCUAUUCCAUGUUGACAGAUGGAUCUUGGGAUAUGAGUAAAUUUUUGAACAUCCAGUGCCGUAUCAGCCGUAUCAAAUACCCUUCUUUUGCCAAAAAGUGGAUCAAUAUUCGCAAAUCAUAUGGGAACUUCUAUAAGGUUCCUAGGAACCAGACCAAGCUGACAAUCAUGCUUGAAAAGCUGGGCAUGAAUUAUGAUGGGAGACCUCACAGUGGACUUGAUGACUCUAAAAACAUUGCAAGGAUAGCUAUAAGGAUGCUGCAGGACGGCUGUGAACUGCGGGUGAACGAGAGAAUGCAUGCUGGACAGCUUAUGACAGUCUCCUCCUCAGCCCCCUUAGAGGGAGCCCCUGCUCCACAGAUGCCCCGCUACAGAAACUAGCAGCUGGGGGGUUCUGCCUUAGGAAAUGCUCUCAGAUACCCGCUAAAGACUGUUAAGAGCUUAUUAAAUGGCCACUUUGCCAACCUGUCUGCAAUGCAGAAUCUGGAAGCACCUUAACUAAUCAUCUCUGUUGAAAUAAAGAGGAGUGUGGAAGCUCUUCGCUCUUUGAAGCCUGUGUUACAGCAUUUUUUUUUAUACUGGUUAUUUUUUUUGCUGUUGUUGUUUGCAACUUUUAUAGCAGUAAGGUUGAUAUGUGGAAUCUGAGCAAAGUGUUAAGCUUUUAUGAACAUGUAGUUUAAACACAUGCAAAGAUUGAUUGGGCCUGCGCACUGCUGUUCCACCCCAGCCUGUGGGUAGUAUUUAUUCACUAUGCCAUACUCUAAUGAUAUCUAGCAUGUGAUUAUUCAUUGCACACUAAUAAGACAUUGCUGGAAGAACUGAAAUAGUGAGUGGUUGGGCUGGCCUUUCCUGACAAGGCACUCUUCUAAGGGUUCCUGUUGGUAAUUAUUUUUUUUAAAGUCUAGGAGAAAUGGAAGCAUAUUCAUCAAUUCUAAAGCAGUAGCGAUGUACUGUGUUGUUUGGUGGUUUUUUUCUUUAAGGGAUAUGUUGUCUGCUUCCACAUCAAAUAGAAGACCUGUGUAUUGAAUAAAAAUUUCAUUAAUGCA